UGGCCGCCCCUCUCCCCGCCGGGAAUGCGGCGCGGGCAGCGGGCUCUGCGCUCGCCGCGGCCGCGCUCGUCGUCGUCUGUGUGGGCGGGCUGGCGGCUGCCGGGAGCCCGCCAUGGGGCGGCCGCGCCGGGGCUGCUGAGGAGGAGGAGGCGGCGGCGGGGGAGCAGCGGCCGGGCGGCCCCAUGGAGGAGCGGGAGGGCGAGGUGCGCUGGGACGGGCUGUGCAGCCGGGACGCCGCCGCCCGCGCCGCCGCCCUGGACACCAUCGGGCAAGCCGUGCUCCGCCGCGCGGAGAGCGUCGCCUCCGGGGCGGCCGCCGACGGGCUGCCGGUGCCCGCCGCCCGGGACGGGCUGGGCGAGGCGCUGGCCCGCCUGCUCAUGCUGUCCAGGAGGUGCCCCUUCCCCGACGUGAGGGAGAAGAGCGAGGCGAUCCUCGGCGGGGUGCAGGAACUUGGAAUAAGAAUUCCUAGACCACUGGGACACGGACCAAGCAGAUUCAUCCCUGAGAAGGAGACAAUUCAGGUGGGAAAGGAGGACGCCACGAUGCACACGCUGUUUGCAGAGUCUUUUGCCACGCUGGGCCGACUGGACAACGUCACCUUGGUGAUGGUUUUCCACCCACAGUAUCUGGAAAGCUUUCUCAAAACUCAGCACUAUCUCCUGCAGAUGGACGGCCCGCUCCCGCUCCAUUACCGGCACUACAUCGGGAUAAUGGCUGCAGCACGACAUCAGUGCUCUUACCUUGUUAACCUUCACGUGAAUGACUUCCUUCAUGUUGGUGGAGAUCCUAAAUGGUUGAAUGGUCUGGAAAAUGCACCUCAAAAAUUGCAAAAUUUAGGAGAACUGAACAAAAUGUUGGCUCACCGACCCUGGCUUAUCACCAAGGAACAUAUUGAGCAACUUCUGAAGACAGAAGAGAACAGCUGGUCCCUGGCAGAGCUGAUCCAUGCAGUCGUUCUCCUUACACACUACCACUCCCUUGCUUCCUUCACGUUUGGCUGUGGGAUCAGCCCAGAGAUCGACUGUGAAGGGGGUCACACCUUCAGGCCCCCCUCUGUCAGUAACUAUUGCAUAUGUGAUAUAACAAAUGGUUACCACGGGGUGGAUGAAAUCCAUGCCAGCCCAGCUGGAAGUAUUCUAUCUACAGAGUCUGUCUGUGAAGUUGAAGCUCUUAUGGAGAAGAUGAAGCAGCUGCAGGAGUGCAGAGAUGAAGAGGAAGCCAGCCAAGAAGAGAUGGCCACGCGUUUUGAGAGAGAGAAGAGAGAAAGCAUGUUUGUGUGCUCUUCAGAAGAUGAAGAAUCUGCAGCAACAAGAGAUGUGUCUCGGCACUUUGAGGAUACCAGCUAUGGGUACAAAGACUUCUCCAGACACGGAAUGCACGUGCCCACCUUUCGUGUUCAGGAUUAUUCCUGGGAAGACCAUGGCUAUUCCUUGGUUAAUCGUCUUUAUCCAGAUGUGGGACAACUACUUGAUGAGAAGUUCCAUAUUGCUUAUAAUCUGACUUACAACACAAUGGCCAUGCACAAAGAUGUGGAUACCUCAAUGCUAAGACGAGCUAUUUGGAACUAUAUUCAUUGUAUGUUUGGAAUAAGAUACGAUGAUUAUGACUAUGGUGAAAUUAAUCAGUUGUUGGACCGCAGCUUUAAAGUUUAUAUCAAGACUGUGGUUUGCACUCCUGAAAAGACCACAAAAAGAAUGUAUGAUAGCUUCUGGAGACAGUUUGAACACUCUGAGAAGGUCCAUGUCAAUUUGCUUCUGGUAGAAGCUCGGAUGCAAGCCGAACUACUUUAUGCUCUGAGAGCUAUUACUCGCUAUAUGACCUGAUGUCUCUGGCUGCCUGUCAACGUUGGAAUGUUCUGCAGCUGCACG